GCCGGCCCCAUAUGGAAAGGUGCGUGCAUUUACCCUAUCCAGGCCGUGGAAGCGAAGUUGAGAGUUUAUGUUCGACUGAACAGGACUUCCUCCACUGAACCAUGGUCUCGGCUGCUUUUCAAAUCAUGGGCAUGGCCCUCUCUGUAGUGGGCUGGAUCGGGGCAAUCAUCACGUGCGCCCUGCCUAUGUGGAAGGUCACGGCUUUCAUCGGCACCAACAUUGUGACGGCUCAGAUCACCUGGGAGGGGCUGUGGAUGAGCUGCGUGGUGCAGAGCACCGGCCAGAUGCAAUGCAAGGUCUACGACUCCAUGCUGGCCCUGCCUCAGGACAUGCAAACCGCCCGGGCUCUCAUGGUCAUCUCCGUGCUUCUGGCCCUGUUCGCCCUGAUGGUUGGCAUUGUGGGCGCCAAAUGCACCAACUGCGUGGAGGAAGAAGAUGUCAAGGCACGUAUCAUCAUCAUCUCCGGAGCCACCUUUGUGGUAGCGGGAGUCCUUUGCCUCAUCCCAGUCUGUUGGUCGGCCAACACUAUAAUCCGGGAGUUCUACAGCCCACUGGUUAUAGAGGCUCAGAAGAGAGAGCUGGGAUCCUCCCUCUACCUUGGUUGGGCUGCUGCUGCUUUGAUGAUCCUCGGAGGAGCACUGCUCUGUUGCAACUGCCCCAAGAAAGAAAGCAACAACUACAGUGCUCGAUACACGGCUGCUGUCUCUCAACCCCGCAGCGAUUACCCCAGCAAGAACUAUGUUUAAGAGUCUCCCACCGAGAUGAUGCAGUUGCCAUCCUGAAAGCUCGUUCCUGGUGGACUCCCUGAGAGCAGUAGAACUGCAUAAUGAAUGUCCCUAUGGAGAACAGAGCUUCCCAACGUUUCUGGCCCAUCAGUAUUCUUCCUUCCCCGUUACUGCUAGAUAGAUUGACUCCCACGUGUCUCAGCUCUUCUUCUGGACAGGAUCCUUGAUUUGCGAUAGAAGAAUUCAGUAUAGAUAGAUAGGUGUUGAAUCAAAGUCCUGUUUCCAAGUAGUUUGUGAUAAAGGCAUUUGUGUGCUCUUGCCCCCACCCUUCCAUUCCACAAUCUGAAACUGUCUGUGAUGGCUCAGAGAUCAAAUCCUGUUCAAUAGGAUCAUAUGGGGGUGGGGUGGGGGGGUGGAAAUGGUUAUCU